AUGGGCAAUCUCAAACUUCUACCUUGUGAGCCAGCUGAUGCUGCUGAAAUAUUGGCUGGGCAGAUUGCUGCUUUCAGCAACCCUCAUGAACCAUUCUUCUUCGUAUUAUUUCCUGAAGAUGAAGAGAGAGAGAAAGCUGUGAAGAGAACUUUGGAUUGGUGGUUGGGUGAUAAGACUGCCCGAUACAUGAAAGUCGUUGAUGAGGAGAGGGCCAUAAUCAGUGCAGCAAAAUGGUGCAUUUAUGAAGAGCAAUUAACAGAAGAGCAAAUGAACGAGUCACUACAUGUCGACUGGCACAAAAGUCCGGACACAAAUGCCUGGGCAGAGUAUCUCAUUCACGAAAUCCAUUCUCGUCGUUUGCAAAGAACAAAGGGUGCUCGGUGUUGCGUUUUGGAUAUGAUGUCCACACAUCCUGAUCAUCAAAGAUGUGGGGCUGGUUCCAUGCUCGUGGAGUGGGGAAUAAAGAUAGCUGACUCUAUGGGAGUAGAGUCCUUCAUAGAAGGCACCAUUGCAGCCAAACAUUUGUAUGAAAGCUGUGGGUUCAAGGCAGUGCCUGAUGACUGGCUGUUCGUACCAGUGGCUGAGAAAUGGAAGGAUAGGCCAGAAAUCAAAUACUUCUUCUAUGAGAGAGCAGCCACAGGGUCAUAA